AUGGACCCUUCGUCCAAGUCGUUCCAGACUCAACGAGCACAAUAUAGCUCGGCCUUGAAACGCUUUCUCGAUUCUACCAAGGAUUUUGAGAUCAUCACCUCCGUAUCCCGCGACUACGGUGAACCCCGCGUACCCUCAACUGCAGAGGUCCUCUAUGUUCUGGAUUCUUCUUUCAACCCCCCAACGCGCGCCCAUAGCCACAUUGCGUGCUCUGCCGUGUUGGAGAACAAGGGCCAGCCUUCCCGCAUCCUCCUCCUCCUCGCAACCCAAAAUGCGGACAAGCCCUCUAAACCGGCCUCUUUCGAGGACCGCUUAAUUAUGAUGCAGCUCUGCGCCGAGGAGGCUUUGGCGUUCUUAGAAUCGGAAAUACCAGCUGCAGAGCUUCCUGUCAUCGACAUCGGCGUAACAAAGAAGCCAUAUUUCGUGGACAAGGCCGCCGCAAUUGAGACUGCGAAUGUAUAUCCUCGGAGCACCCAGCAGGUCCACCUUACCGGCUAUGAUACUCUAAUUCGCAUCCUCAAUACCAAGUAUUACCCGCCGGAGCAUACCCUUGCGCCAUUGGAGCCGUUCCUGUCCAAGCAUAAGCUACGAGUAACUGUACGCCCGGACGAUGGAUGGGGUAGUAAAGCUGAGCAGGAGGCCUACCUUGCAGACUUAGCCCAGGGAGGGCGAGAGAGCGAGGGGGCUAAGCGGGAAUGGGCGCAGCAGAUUAGACUUGUCGAGGGAAGAAAAGUUGAGCAAGCCGUGAGUUCGACCAAGGCACGAGAAGCUACCCAGACAAAUUCGCAAGACCUCGACUGGCUGGUACCAGGAAAAGUCCGAGACUUCAUUUUGUCGGAGCAGCCUUACCAAGAGUAA